CGAUAGUGCAGGGUACCGUGGGUAGGCAGAACGGAGAUUCCUGUGAGUGUGCAUUGGAAAAUAAUUGCACGCAGUCAAAGCCAUUCAUUUAAGACCUUGAGGAGCACAGCUCAGUAAUUCAGCACCACAGUCUAGUGGACACCGCACAACACACAACGCAACGGAGGACAGCAAAUUCCAGUGGAUGGAUUCAACCAGUGGUACAAUUCUAAGACUUAAAAUAUAUUCAAGAUAGAAUACAAAGUUUUGACAUAGGCUUAACUAAAGUCAUAUUUCAGAGGAAAACUUCGUUGGAUAAAGAGUUUAGCCACUCUUCGCUUGCGUAAUGCUGGUGUAGGAAAAAGUGAUAUUUGGGAUAACUGAAUGCGCCAGGCGCCUGGAAUCGGGGUCUAGAUACUGUAGGCGUUAGGAGUGUUGUGGAGCUGCCGGAGAGCCCCUUCAUUAUUAAGAAGGAUGCUGGUGGGAAAUGCCUGGAGACAGAGAGGACGAGAUUUUUCGAAAGGCUCUGGAACUGCUGUCGGAUCUCUGUUCUAGGGGCGAAGUGCAAAACGACAACUGUGUGGAUUUUAUAUACUAUUUUCGAGAUCUUGCCAGACCAAGACACUCAGACUCAGAUGUGUCAGUGAGCCUGCUGUCUCUGGUGGUGACCACCUGUGGCCUAGCCCUUUUCGGGGUCUCACUUUUCGUCUCGUGGAAGCUGUGCUGGGUGCCAUGGCGUGACCGUGGCCUCCCCAGCGGCCUGAAGGAUGGCCAGGGGGACCAGCAGCCAGUCAUGAUGGAGGUGGAUGGGGUGGAGAAUGAGUACAGUGAAGACUGUGUCAAGGAGCCUUCAGGCCUGGUAGUCCCCGAGGCAAUCAUGAAGAUCAGCCACACAUCCCCAGACAUCCCCCUGGAGGCCCAGUCCAAGCUCAAGGAGAACCAUGUCCGCCACAUCACCCGCGUGCAGCGCCAGAUCACUGAGCCCACCUCCUCUGUCCGGCACAACUCCAUCCGCCGCCAAAUGAACCUAUCCAACCCAGACUUCAACAUUGGCCAGUUCCAGAGACAGGAGUCCCUGGCCACUCUGGGCCGGAUCAAACCCGAGCUCUAUAAGCAACGCUCUGUGGACACGGACGACGGCAGGAAGACGGACAGCUGCGGCCGCAUACAUUUCAUCCUCAAGUUCGACUGUGACCUGGAGCAGCUCAUCAUCAAGAUCCACAAGGCCCAGGAUUUACCGGCCAAGGAUUUCUCAGGAACCUCUGACCCUUACGUCAAAAUCUACCUGCUCCCCGACCGUAAGACCAAGCACCAGACCAAGGUGCACCGCAAGACCCUCAACCCCGUGUUCGACGAGGUCUUCCUGUUCCCUGUGGCCUACACUGAGCUGCCCACACGCAAACUGCACUUCAGCGUCUACGACUUUGACCGCUUCUCCCGCCACGACAUCAUUGGCCAGGUGCAGGUGGAUAACUUCCUGGACCUUGCAGACUUCCCCAGAGAGACUAAACUCUGUAGGGACAUCCAGUACGUCACCUCGGACAAUGUGGACUUGGGGGAUCUCAUGUUCUCCCUGUGUUACCUACCAACGGCUGGAAGGCUAACCAUCACAAUGAUCAAGGCUAGGAACCUCAAAGCCAUGGACAUCACUGGAGCCUCAGAUCCUUAUGUGAAGGUGUCUUUGAUGUGUGAGGGACGGAGAUUGAAGAAGAGGAAAACAUCCACCAAGCGAAACACUCUGAAUCCAGUCUACAACGAAGCCAUAGUAUUUGAUGUCCCUCCUGAGAACAUUGAUCAGAUCAGUCUCCUAAUAGCAGUGAUGGACUACGAUCGGGUAGGUCACAAUGAGGUCAUUGGAGUGUGUAGGGUGGGCAAUGAGGCGGAGAGCCUGGGCCGAGACCACUGGAACGAGAUGCUGUCAUACCCUCGCAAGCCCAUCGCCCACUGGCACCCCCUGGUAGAGUGGAUGGGUCAGGGGACUGCAGGUGAAAGCCAGGGCGGUUCCACCAACUCUCUGAAGACUCCUCCCUCACCAUAAAGAGAACACAGGGUGGUGAAGGAGAGGAACAGCAGAGACCCCAAGCAUCAAGAGAGGAGGAGACAUCAGUAUGCUAGUAAUGGUAGAUGUUACACUUGGUUUCCCCGACAUAGAUUAAGUUUAGUGUUGAACUAAAAAGCAUGCUCAAUUUGAAAGUGCUUACUGAUCCAGGACAGGCUUAAAACUUCUUCAGGAUUGGUGGGUCCCCUGCGGGACGGUUGCACUAACGUAGGCUAAUGUGAUUAGCAUGAG